AUGUGGACACAUUUUUCACCAGAAGUAUCUCGAAAAGUAUCUGAUGAUUAUAAUAGAGAUAUUGAAACUUUUCUCUCACCGGAUCUUUUUAAGGAAAAGGGAUCGCAAGACAAACCUUUAACUACUGAUGAAAUAUCACAUCUAUGCCGCUCCACAUCUACUUUCAGAAAAAAGGCAAAGAAGACUAAGAAGCCUAUUAAUCGGGAUCAAUUCCCUACAUUGCAAAGACUGAUUAGAGAAUUGACUACUACUGAUCCUGAAGAUGAAGAAAUUUUACAAACUGAACCCGCCUCUGAAUCGAACAAUGACUCAAAUGUCUUCCUCAACCUAUAUAAUAAGAUUGUUGCCG